CUUCAAAUUCUCGGCUCUUGACAUUGAGCUUCGUUCCUGUUAUUUUUUUUUAACAAAUUCGAAUUUUCGAAUAUUAUUGCAUUUGCAUUCAUAAUAUUGAGGUCUGCUUUUUCUGGGUGCACAGUUUUAAGUAGUUUAUUGUUCACUUUCCUUAAAGUGUAAAGUUGCGGAAAGGGAACAUGGUUUUUGAAACACUUUAUUUGUAUUUUCAUACAUAAUCAGACAUUUAUUUUAUUUUUCGUGGCUUAUUGGACUAUCGACUGACAAUUAAGAAAAAUGAGUCUGACUAUUCAAGCUGUGCGUGAAAGAUCGCGGAAAAGGAAGCAGCUCCUUGCACAACAACAUGGCGUUGAUUCUAUUGAAAACCUCCGAAAGGCAUUGAACUCCAGAGAAAGCGACUGUUAUCCGUCAUCGACAUCAUCAUCCGACAUUGCGCAACAAUUGGUGCAGGCUAAAACUGAAGCUAAAAGAGCCGAUGAUAAUGAAAAGGAUGGAAGAGGGGCCCUCGGAAGUGGGGGAGGAGUUGAAGGAGACACACCUCAGUUGUACAGGGAUUCGUCAACCUUCCUGAAGGGGACCCAAUCCUCAAAUCCACAUAACGACUAUUGUCAACAUUUUGUAGACACGGGGCAAAGACCACAAAAUUUCAUUAGGGAUACUGGAUUGGCUGACAGAUUUGAAGAGUAUCCAAAGUUGAAGGAAUUAAUUCGACUCAAGGAUGACCUUAUACAGGAAACUGCAUCGCCACCAAUGUACUUGAACGCCGAUCUUCGAGAUUUUCAAUUAUCAAGCCUGGCUGUCAAGUUCGAUGUGAUUCAUGUUGAGCCACCUCUUGAAGAAUAUCAACGCCGUGGAGUCACUGGAACGGAUGUUGAUUUUUGGAGUUGGGAUCAAAUCAUGUCUUUAGACAUUCCGAGUGUUGCGGCCCCGAGGUCUUUCUUAUUCCUGUGGUGUGGAUCUUCUGAAGGACUGGAUUUAGGAAGAAUUUGUUUGAGACGAUGGGGAUUUCGUCGAUGCGAAGAUAUUUGCUGGAUAAGGACAAAUAUAAGUAAUCCUGGACAUUCAAAAAAUUUAGAGACCAAGGCUGUAUUCCAGCGCACAAAGGAGCAUUGCCUUAUGGGAAUAAAAGGGACGGUACGACGGUCUACAGAUGGUGAUUUCAUUCAUGCAAAUGUUGACAUUGAUCUUAUCAUCACCGAAGAAGAAGAAUAUGGUUCAAUGGAAAAACCAGCAGAAAUAUUCAACAUUAUUGAACAUUUUUGUCUUGGGCGUCGAAGGCUUCAUCUCUUUGGACGGGAUUCAACUAUUCGUCCUGGUUGGCUCACAAUUGGGCCACAAUUGACUAUUAAUAACUUUAAUUCCGAGACUUAUGCCUCGUAUUUUGCACAAGGAGGGAACAUAACCACUGGUUGUACCGAACGAAUUGAAUCUUUGAGACCGAAAUCCCCACCACCGAAAGCAGGAAAUCGAUCUUUUCGAGGAAGACCCAGAUAGUGACGAACAAUUGUUUUCUCAAUUUAAUCUUGUAUUAUCAUACAUACUAUAUAAACAUGUAAGUUACUUUUUUAGCGUACGUAUUAUAUUGACUUUUAUACCCGAUCCGCAGUAUACCUAUUGUGAUUUUUUCCAUAAAUUUUUAUUGUGAAUUGAAUAAUUUUCAAAGAAUACUCUAUUUAUUAAUCAGUCUUGGGAAAUUAAAUAAAUAAGUACAAGUUGCUUAUGAAAACAAG